AUGUCGUACUUUCUACCGAACUUUCGAACUAUUGUUUGUACACAAACGAGAUUUCCUCUUCUUGAAUCAUUUGAUUUUAUCGAAAAGUGCUCAACUGAAGGCGAACUUCUUGUAAAAUUAGCCGAGAACACGGAUUCAGUACGAAUUCUUGUCUGCACUCAAGAAAUGUUCCUUAAUUUACCGAAAGAAUCGAUUCCACCUAAUCUCGAAACAAUUUAUUGUAUUUCUGACCUAUCUGACAUGAUCGAUUCGUUUGAAAUCAUCGAAAAAAAUGCGCAAAUAACGAAAUUUUCCAACGAAAAUGAAUUGGUGUUAAAUUUACUUUUCAAAAUCAUCCUCGCUUAUUAUUCUCAAUCGCAAAAGUAUCAAAAAGACGCUGAACAAAGUUUAGCUAACUCGUGUAUACACAUUGCUCUGGAAACCAUCAAACAAAUCAAAACCAAUCGAGACGUUUUCUGUCCAUCACUUUAA